CAAACCGAAUCGAACAAGAAAUGAAUCAGAAGCAUCGGUCCUGAUGGAAGCCGAGUGGACGGAGAGAGGCGCAGCCGCCCUAAAGCUGCAGUUCGCCCCCUUCUGCAGUGCCCUGGAGGCUGGAUUCUGGCAUCAGCUCACACAGAAGAAGCUCAACGACUUCCGCUUAGACGAGAGCCCAAAAAUCAUCAAAGGCUACUACUAUAACGGUGAUCCUGUUGGCUUGCCGACACGCUUGACACUGGAGUUCAGCGCAUUUGAUGUUGAUGGAGCCACACCGGCUCGCUGCAGUGCAGCCUCUGGGACUCUGUACAACACCAACACACUAGAAGCCUUCAAAACCACCGACAAGAGAGCUCUGCUGGAUAAAGCAGCCAAUGAGAUUUGGAGCGCUAUUCAGUCAGGCGCUGCGCUGGAAGACUCCUCAAUAUUAAACAAAUUCAUCCUCUUGACAUUUGCGGAUCUGAAGAAAUAUCAUUUCUAUUAUUGGUUCUGCUUUCCUGCCCUUUGCUUUCUGGAGGGGGUCCGGCUGGAGCAGGAGCCGGUGUCAUUAGAGCGCAGCUUCUCUGCCAAACAGAUAUUAAGCUUGCAAACGGCAUAUGAUGAUCUCUGCGUCUCAAGUGGAACGACGGCAGUCCCACAUUUUCUGCUCAAGUACACAGAAGAAAGUGUUGAAGUCGCUCCUCUAAAAGACUUGAACUCCUUCUUCCCAGACCUAAAGAAGAUUACUGUGGGCGUGUAUGACCCGUGCACGCUUCCUCAACAUCCAGGCUGGCCUCUCAGAAACGUUCUCAUCCUCCUCGCAAAACAAUGGGGUUCACAGCUGGAUGUGCUGGAGGUUCUGUGCUUCAGAGACAGCACUCUACAAGGGAGCCGCUCCAUUCGGCACAGCAUCAUCUUUCGGGUCAAGCUCCCAGACCUCACGGCUUCUGCAGUAUGUCCAAAGAGUGUGGGUUGGGAGAAGAACGCUAAAGGAGCGAUGGGACCUCGAAGUGUCAAUCUCAGUGAAUGCAUGGACCCUAAAAGGCUUGCCGAGUCUUCUGUCGAUCUCAACCUGAAGCUGAUGCGUUGGAGGCUGGUCCCGUCUCUGGAUCUGGAUAAGGUCGUGUCGACAAGGUGUCUGUUGCUGGGAGCUGGGACCCUGGGCUGCAAUGUGGCAAGAACACUGAUGGGCUGGGGUGUGAGGCACAUCACUUUUGUGGACAACGCGAAGAUCUCCUACUCGAACCCAGUGCGACAGCCGCUCUAUGAGUUUGAAGACUGUCUCAGUGGAGGGAAAGCUAAAGCUCUCGCCGCGGUGGACAGAUUAAAGAAGAUCUUUCCUGGCGUGAUUGCAGAGGGCUACAACAUGAGCAUCCCAAUGCCAGGCCACCCAGUGAACUUUUCCGAGCUGACAAUGGCUCAAGCUUGGCAGGAUGUGGAACAGCUGGAGAAGCUUAUCUCUGAAAACGAUGUGGUCUUCCUGUUGAUGGACACUCGUGAGAGCCGCUGGCUUCCGACAGUCAUCGCUGCUAGCCAGAGAAAGUUGAUAGUUAACGCUGCUCUGGGAUUCGACACGUUUGUGGUAAUGAGACACGGCCUUAAGAAACCCAAAGAGUCUCAGUCUGAAGAGUCCAGCCCCAUCUCUGCUUCCUCCAACUCCUCGUCUUCCUCCACACCAGCAGCCACCAUCACACCAGGAGCGUCUCUGUUCUCCAACAUACCUGGACAUCGUCUUGGCUGCUACUUCUGUAACGAUGUGGUCGCCCCUGGAGACUCCACCAGAGACAGAACUCUGGACCAGCAGUGCACUGUGAGCCGUCCUGGUCUGGCCAUGAUCGCCGGAGCCCUGGCCGUGGAGCUGAUGGUCUCUAUACUCCAGCACUCAGAGGGAGGUUACGCUGUGGCCAGUAGCAGUGAUGACCGGAUGAAUGAACCCCCGACCUCUCUGGGUCUCGUCCCCCAUCAGAUUCGAGGAUUCCUGUCAAGAUUUGACAACGUUCUUCCUGCAAGCGUGGCGUUCGACAAAUGCACUGCAUGCUCACCGAUAGUUCUUGACAAUUAUGAGCGAGACGGUUUCCAGUUCCUGGCCGAGGUCUUCAACUCAUCGCAUUCGUUCCUGGAGGAUCUGACCGGCUUGACUUUACUCCAUCAGGAGACUCAGGCGGCUGAGAUCUGGGACAUGAGCGACGACGAGAGCAUCUGAAGAAACCGCUGGAGACGCAGAAUGAAGCUCCUGUAACUAGCUCGUGUGUGCUCUUAUAUUGGUUUCUCAGACAGUGACCUCACUGCACAAUGACCCUUCAUCAUAUACUUGUUGAAAUAUUUAACCAUUCACAUGAAAUCACAUUAUAGCUGUCAGAGUCGGGAUAGACACCAGAGAUCUGCUCUGGUCUAGACAUCGAGUCCAGCGUUGAGCGGUCUUAAAAAUGUCAUUUACGCACCCUCAUAUUGUUAAAAAAACCCAGACUUGGUUCAUCUGAAGACUUGGUAACCAUUCAGCUGACGGUAGCCAUUGACCUCUAUAUUUUGGAAAAAAUACUAUGGAAGACAAUGGCUACCGUCAACCGUUUGGUUACCAACAUUCUUCAGAAUAUCUUGUUUAAAACAAUGUGAGAGAGUAAAUGACAAGAUUUUUCAUUUUGGGGUGAACUUUCUUUCCAAAUCAUGUUUUCAGAUCUCCAUGCCCAUAGUUUUUGUCCACUGGACAGUUUUUGGGAAGGCAUUUCAUCAGCCAUGAUUUCCAAGGGCCGUUAAAUAUGGCAUCUGUGCUGACUAAGAUCCUAUCUUCAGGCUCUUUUUUUUUUUAAACUGGCCUAAUGUUCAUUAAAAGUGUAUUAGAUUGUUUAUGGCAGGGGUCUGGACCUUCCCUGAGUUCAAUGCCAAUGCUAACACACCUGAACAGAAGAGCAGUGAACUCUCCGUCCUCGCACCACUGCACUGUAACUCUAGAAAUGUGGCAUUCUGAAAUUCGCCAUUUGUGCUCAUAAUAAACAUGAAAUCUAUUCACAUAAUCCAUUAUGAAAUGUCCUGUCAUAUUUGCUUGCUUUUGGUCACUUAGGUCAGUGAGUUGUAAUCACAAGGUUAGCACUCGAGCUCUUUCUCUGUGAUGCUCCUGGUCUCCGUCUGUGUUGUAGGUCAUGGGAAAAUGAGGCCAGAUGAAAGACUACGUUUCCUGACACGUGCUCAGUGAUGAUAGAGCAGUGAAAUCAUUUCAUUGUUCACAAAUUGCAGUUAGCUCUAGUGGAAUUACAGUAACUAAAGCAUUUAAUUUUUUCCCCAAAUGCAAUCAGUUUUCACAACGGAUGAAUCAUAAGUCACGGCUGUGGUUUAAGAGCACUUUAUUGUUCAUUGAGGCUACUUAAAAGUACAAAACAAUGGCCUGCCAAAAGUUUGUUUUAUUCCAAGAAGAAACAAGGCCAAGAAAUGAGGGUAUAAUACAGCUUUACAAAUCAUUAAGUACACUCGAGGUGCAGCGAGAAGUGUUUUAAACGUUGGUUUGUGUCGUCGUUCUCCUGGAAGCGCACAUCAAAUAGAAAAUCUCGUUGCUCGACUCUCGAGCGACGGUACUGGAGUGCAGUAAGUCGCUGGGACUCGAGUCUGUUUGUUCAAUUGUCUCCAGAGACAGUCGAAAGCCUCCGUUCAGAAGUGUGUCGAGACUCAGUAGCCUUCAGAAAUAAUACACAAGUGGCUGUUACACUAACGCAGUGUUUUCAUAGAAUUACGGUGUUCCUGCACUUUAAACUUAGACAAAACCUACA